AUGAUCGGAGUAGAGACAAGAGCCCUUGGCGGCGCUACUGGGCCUGAGGGGAUGCCCACCAUGCACAUGGCAACGCUGCGGAUACAGCGAUCUCAGGAGAUUCUCGAUCAACUUGACAGCUGGGAAUUUUUGCUGGAAGACGCGAUAGAGCAGAUGUACCUUGACGAUGCUCGACUGGAAGUGGCGCAGGAGCAGCGGGAGGAGGAAGGAAGGCAAACCGAGCAUCGAGAAAGGAAGGAGAGGGAGUCGGAAACCUCGAGACUGCUUGCAGAGAUCGAGAUCGAGCAAAUUAUGCUGUCGGACAUGGAGCUGCCAGACAAGCUUUUCCGUUGCGACGAGAUCCUGUUUGCUCUGCCGGAAGAGAACAGCGUGCGGCACAGGAACUUCAUGAGGCAGAUCAGAGACAAGGUCACGGCGUUUGCCAAGGGCAGGUACACUGCCAUGCCGACCGGAAGAGGAGCACCAGGAGCGCAAGAGACUUCCACGGAGCUGGCAGAGGAGGAGGACUCCAAGCUCGACAGCAAGGAGGACGAGGUGACCAUCUUUCGAAGCGCAACGCAGACCAUGAGAGAGAGUCUGCGGGAGCACCACGCUUCCACCUACCUGACUGAUCCCUCAACCACUACCAAGUGCGCGGACUGCAUCAUCGUCGGCCUCGACUUGGAGCCCUGCCUUGGCAUGCGGGUGAAACCGCUCAAGGCGGACCAGAACAACCCCAGCAGCCGAGCUGGGAUGAUCGUUAGCGUCUCCUCGGACAAGGACGCCGUCUUCGUGCUCUGGGAGCAUCGGCCUGAACCCUGCGGCUGGUACAAGUGCGGGCACUUGCGAGAGUACUCCCUGCGAUCCCUCUUGGAGACCGAAGCCACUCACUUCCAGCUCAUCAACCCGACCAAGACGGGAGGAAACAGCAAAGAAGAGAUCGAGGAAAGGUGGAGCUUUUACUCGGCAGACAACCAGGUCACCACCAACUUGCUCGACCAUCUCACCAGUUGGAUCUGA